UCCACAUCCACAAAGCUCCCGCGGCCAGACGCUCGCAUCACUCCGCUCUCGAGGUGCCAAACUGCGGCUCUGACAUUAGCUACUCCGUGGCGGCGGAGAGGAGGAGAGAGAGGAGACGCUUGGCAGUUUCUGAAAUAAAGGGGGCAUCUUUAGGUUUAGACAGCAACCCCCCACCCUCCCUCCUCCUCCUCCCCUCUUUUUUUUCCAUCUGAGGAUUCCUACUUUCUUUUUUUCUUUUCUUUUUUCUUGCUGUAUUCCUCUUUUGACUUUUGUGGAGCUCUGUACCGCACGGACUUUUUUCCCCCCUCUUCCCCGGACAUGUCUUUCCCACAGCUGGGGUUCCCCCAGUUCCUCAGUGCCUCACAUGAGGUGUACGGGAGCGAGCGGCCGGCCUCGGCCACCCGGGACGGAAGCACGGAGGGCGCGGUGAGCUCCUCCGCUACGGCCGCGGCUGUCGGCUCUAUGCUGGGGAUGUACGGAAGCCCGUGGGCGGCUCCGAACUACAGUGCCUUUCUGCCGUACAGCGGAGCGGCGGACCUCGCCCUCAUAUCCCAGAUGAGCUCCCAGUACGAACUGAAGGACGGCCCGGGCUCCCACCCAGCGGCCUCGCUGCCCGUCCACCCCGCUCAGGGCUUCUACCCGUACGGCCAGUACCCUUACGGGGACCCGUCCCGGGCCAAGACGGCCACCAGGGAGACCACCAGCACCCUGAAGGCCUGGCUGCAGGAGCACCAGAAGAACCCGUACCCCACCAAGGGGGAGAAGAUCAUGCUGGCCAUCAUCACCAGGAUGACGCUCACACAGGUCUCCACGUGGUUCGCGAACGCUCGCAGGCGCCUGAAGAAGGAGAACAAGGUGACCUGGGGCCGCAGCGCCGAGGACCGGGACGGCCGCAUCUUCAGCAGCGACAACGAGGACGAGCACGGCAAGACCGGCAGCGACGAGGAGGAGGAAGAAGAGGAGAUCGAUUUGGAAACUGUCGACAUCGAGAGGCCGGAGGAGCAGCGAGCUGGGGAGCCCGGCUCCGGGAAGGGACAGGGGGAAGCGGGCCUCUCCGUCAGGGAGCAGGCCUCCACGGAGAGCGGGAGGACGCAGUCGGCGGAGGCCGGAGACAAGCUCGCGGCGGAGCGUUCGCCGAGCAUACCGGAGUGCCAGAGAGCGCCGCAGAGCAAACCGAAAAUCUGGUCUUUGGCGGAGACCGCCACGGCCCCCGACAGCGGCUCGCACAAAUCUACUCCCCCCGCGGCCUUUGCGCAACAGGCGGCUUUGGCUUCCGCCGGCCACCCGGCCUUGCUGCCGGGUCACGGAAUAUACACUUGUCAGAUCGGCAAGCUGCACAACUGGGCCAACGCGGCUCUGAUUAACGCCAACUCUAUUCUGAACAUGCGGUCGCUGCUGGGCGGCGCGCCGCCCGGACACCUGCCGCUGCACGGAGCGGCGCCAGCGCCCGCCGCCGCGGCGGCCGGGGCCGGGACGUCGGACUCGGAGGAUGACAGCGACGUGGAGUCAUCGGGAAGCUUCAGCCCAAAAAGAGAUGACGAGGACAGCGAGCGCAGACCCGAUUCCCUGAAGUCUCCCUUUCAGCUCAUCACUGACAGACCUCACCAUGGAACGACGCCACAGCGAGUUCUGACGACGACGUUAUGAGAAGACGAAGCAAAAAAAAAAAAAAAAAAACUUUCUAUAA